AUGUCUGUAAUCAACUACCAACAAACCCAAGCUACGAAGAAAAUCAAUCAAAAAACGGACAUCACGAUACUUUUGUUGGGAGAGACAGGUGUGGGAAAGUCUACGUUCAUUAACGCUAUCGUUAAUUACAUGUCUUAUGAGAGUAUCGAAGCGGCCAUUGAUGGACAGCCCAUAUGUUUAAUACCCGUAAGCUUUACGAUGGCAGACGACAAAACUGGCGAACCUAUUGUGGUAACAUUUGGUGACCAUGAUCAAAAUGAAAACACUAGAGACACGACAAAAUCUGCCACACAAUACCCCAAAUGCUAUAAAUUUCAAAACACUGAUAUUGUGCUCAAUAUAAUCGAUACGCCGGGAAUUGCGGACACGGAUGGUGUGGAAAAGGAUGAGCGAAAUUUGCAAAAUAUUUGGGAUUUUAUUAGCAAUUAUCCGGAAAUCAACGCAUUUUGUGUGCUUUUAAAGCCAAACCAAUCGAGAAUAAGCGUUGCCUUCAAAUACUGUUUGCUUCAAUUGUUCACUCGUUUGAAUAAAAGCGCCGCAAAUAAUAUACUAUUUCUAUACACUAACGCCCGGAGCACCCAUUAUAGAGCCGGUGAUACGAUCGGUCCCUUAAAGAUGAUUUUGGGACAAAUUAGGGAAAGUCAUCCAAAUGUUGACAUCCCUUAUAACGAGAAGACAACCUAUUAUUUUGAUAACGAGUCGUUUCGAUAUCUCGUGGCAUUAAUUCCGCCAAAUAAUAUACGGAUUGACUCAAAGUUAAAAGCAAGUUAUGUCGAAAGUUGGACCAUUUCCGUAGAGGAAUGCAGGCGUUUAUUUAAUCAGAUAAUACAACUGACACCACACCAAGUGAUGGACACUCUAUCUCUCAAUAACGCCAAACAAAUCAUAACACUGUUAACCAAACCGUUGGCCGACAUCACAAAGAAUAUUGCGGAUAACGUUAAACAAUGCGAAAAACAUAAGUCAGAAAUCACACAGUUUUCAGGCACUAUUCAAGCGCUGCAAAACCAUCUCUACGUAAAUAAGAUCGAGAUCAAAUCCGUACGUUUGAACCUACCUAAGACAGUAUGCAAUCACAACCAGUGUUGUGAUCAGGAAACUAUCGAGGGUGUUAUCCACAUCAACUACAAAACACCAUGCCACUCGCCAUGCUACCUUAGUUUUGGCGAUGGUAACGUUGGCAAUAGCGCACUAACCCGGUGUAAAGCGUUCAACCGGCACACCACCGAUGAUCAGGAUCCAAAUAGGAAGCGCAAGGGCUUUUUUAGUGACCUUGCUCAUACAUUUAGGGACGCCACCCACGAGUCGGAUAAUUGCGAAAAGUGUGGCCACAGUUAUACGCAUCACUUGCACAUGCUGUACGACACUAAACCCGAAGUGAUCAAGGUGAUUGACGACGAGGUUAAUACACGCAUACAAACAGCCAGAUCAUCGACUGAGGCCAAGCAGAUACAGGUGCAACAUCUGGACCAACAAAUUGCCGAAUUGAACGCAGAGGGCGAGACAAUUGUCAACUCUAUGGCAAUGUUUGCUUGUUUUCUGGCCAACAAUGCGUUGACACCAAUAAACGACGCGUUCGAGGACUACGUCCGGCACCUCAUAGCCAACGAACGGCACAACACGUCUGCCGGAGCCGACACUGGGGUCACAAUUACACGACUCGAACGGGUGUUAGAGCUCUACGAGAGGGAGAAAGUAGUGAUUAAGUCGGCGAUGGAGGAGAACUCGACGGCCGGUUUCCAGGGGUCAGUCAUUACGGCCGACCAGAUAGAUGAAUGUGUUGGCAAAUUGCGCAUGCUCAAACAUAAGGGCAAAGGCAUUUGCGAUAUGUUGCAACUUCAACGCGAUGCUAAGGCCCGCAAUCACGCCGCUUACAAUCAGGUUCAUUUUAAUUCUCUACCACAGACAGCAUUUAAUAUGGCUACUCGAGUGCUGUUUAAUGCAACCCAACUGUCCAAACCUAUUACUACCCCAGCCGUAGGCACAGUCAUCACCGGUGAGCACAAGUGUGUGAUAAUAACCGCAACUGAUAUCACGGAUAUUGGGAUUAUUAGGCAAUGA